AUUACAUUUAACCUCUGAAGAUAAUGACAUUUCUCCAACUCCAAGUGUUGAUCGGGGUGCUUGUUUGCUCAUGCAAUGUAAAUGGAUCUUCACAGCCUCAGGCCAGGGUGUUCUUAAUGUUCAAUGAGCUGCAGGGAACCAAGACCUCUCAGUUCUAUGCUCUCUCCCACCACCCCUUAGACUACAGGAUAUUAGUGAUGGAUGAAGAUCAGGACCGGAUCUACGUGGGCAGCAAAGAUCACAUUCUGUCUUUGAAUAUCAAUAAUAUAAGCCAGGACCCCCUGAGUAUUUUCUGGCCAGCAUCAGCAAACAAAGUUGACGAGUGCAAAAUGGCUGGCAAGGAUCCUACCCAUGGCUGUGGUAAUUUUGUGCGUGUGAUCCAGACCUUCAACCGCACUCACCUAUAUGUCUGUGGGAGUGGAGCAUUCAGUCCUGUGUGUGCCUAUCUCAACAGAGGGCGAAGGUCUGAGGAACAAGUUUUCAAAAUCGAUUCCAAAUGUGAAUCUGGGAAGGGACGUUGCUCUUUCAACCCAAACGUGAACACCGUUUCUGUUAUGAUCAAUGAAGAGCUGUUUUCAGGAAUGUAUAUCGAUUUCAUGGGGACUGAUGCUGCCAUUUUUCGUAGUUUAACCAGGCGGAAUGCAGUGAGAACUGACCAGCACAACUCCAAAUGGCUAAGUGAGCCGAUUUUUGUGGAUGCUCAUCUCAUUCCGGAUGGUACCGACCCCAAUGAUGCUAAAGUGUACUUCUUCUUCAAAGAGAAACUGACAGACAACAGUGGCAGCACUAAGCAGAUUCACUCCAUGAUUGCUAGAAUAUGCCCUAAUGACACCGGUGGGCAGCGUAGCCUUGUGAACAAGUGGACCACUUAUCUGAAAGCAAGACUUGUGUGUUCAGUAAUGGAUGAUGAUGGAACAGAAACCUACUUUGAUGAAUUAGAGGAUGUGUUCCUGCUAGAAACAGAUAACCCUAGAACAACACUGGUCUAUGGCAUUUUCACAACAUCCAGUUCUGUGUUUAAAGGCUCAGCAGUGUGCGUGUACCACUUGUCAGACAUCCAGAGAGUAUUUAAUGGGCCAUUUGCACACAAGGAAGGCCCAAAUCACCAGCUGAUCCCCUAUCAGGGAAGGAUUCCUUAUCCACGGCCCGGGACUUGUCCAGGAGGAGCUUUCACACCCAACGUACGGACAACCAAGGAAUUUCCAGAUGAUGUGGUCACCUUCAUCAGAAACCACCCCUUGAUGUUCAAUCCCAUAUAUCCAGUCCACAGGAGGCCAUUAAUCGUUCGGACGGGCACAGAGUACAAAUAUACAAAAAUUGCUGUUGAUCGCGUUAAUGCAGCAGAUGGAAGAUACCACGUCUUGUUUCUUGGAACAGACCAAGGCACAGUUCAGAAGGUCGUCGUCCUGCCCAGCAAUUCCACAGCAAGUGGGGAACUCAUAUUAGAAGAACUGGAAGUUUUCCAGAAUAACGCACCUAUAACAACAAUGGCCAUUUCAUCGAAAAAGCAACAGUUGUAUGUGAGCUCGGAUGAAGGGGUGGCUCAAGUUUCCUUGCACCGCUGCCACAUCUACGGGACAGCCUGUGCUGACUGUUGCCUUGCCAGAGACCCCUACUGUGCUUGGGAUGGCAAUUCCUGCUCCAGGUUCUACCCAACAGGGAAAAGGAGGAGCCGUAGACAAGAUGUGAGGCAUGGAAACCCUAUGACUCAAUGUCGAGGAUUUAAUCUAAAAGCUUACCGCAAUGCUGCAGAGGUCAUUCAGUAUGGAGUCAAGAACAACACCACCUUCCUGGAAUGCACGCCUAAAUCGCCACAGGCCUCUGUUAAAUGGCUCUUACAAAAAGACAAUGACAGAAGGAAAGAGGUCAAACUGAACGAAAGGAUCAUAGCGACCGAACAAGGGCUCUUGAUCCGCUCAGUCCAGGAGCCAGACCGAGGGCUUUACCACUGCAUCGCAACCGAAAACGGCUUCAAGCAGACAAUAGCCAAGAUUAACUUCAAGGUGCUAGAUUCAGACAUGGUGGCCUUCAUGACCGACAAGUGGUCCCCGUGGACCUGGGCCAGUUCCCUCCAAGCUUUACAGUUUCAUCCGAAGGACCUGGUGGGCACUUUCAGCCACUCGGAACUGCAGAUGAUUAAUCAAUACUGCAAAGACACGAGACAGCUCGGGCAGCAGGCAGAAGAUUCUCAGAAGAUGAGAGGGGAUUAUGGGAAGUUAAAGGCCCUCAUCAACAGCAGGAAAAGUAGGAACAGAAGGAAUCAGUUACCUGGAUCAUAAGGUUUUGUCGUGGGACAUCAAACUUUUUUUCUUAUCCUCCCUUGAGGAGUUUUUGUUUGU